AUGCAGAUGUUAAUGCCCGAACCUCAGAUUUUUGUGGAAAGAACUCUGGCUCUCAUCAAACCAGAUGUCAUUGACAAAGAAGAAGAAAUAGAGGAGCUCAUUCUCCGAUCAGGAUUCCUGAUUGUUCAGAAACGGAAGCUCCAGUUAAGCCCAGAGCAAUGUAGCAACUUUUAUGCAGACCAGUAUGGAAAAAUGUUUUUUCCUAACUUAACAGCCUAUAUGAGUUCUGGACCUUUAGUUGCUAUGGUUCUUGCCAGACAUUCUGCAGUCUCAUACUGGAAGGAAUUGCUUGGACCAUCAAACAGCUUAAGAGCUAGGAGAACUCACCCUCACAGCUUAAGAGCAAUCUAUGGGACUGAUGACCUGAGGAAUGCACUUCAUGGCAGUCACAGCAUUUCCUCAGCAGAAAGAGAAAUUCGAUUCAUGUUUCCAGAAGCAAUCUUGGAGCCAAUUCCAGCUGGACAAAGAGCCAGGGAUUACUUGAACCUGUACGUGAAGCCAACCCUACUGGCUGGGCUGACUGCCCUGUGCAAAGAGAAGCCAGCAGAUCCCAUGACUUGGCUUGCUGACUGGCUGAUUGAACACAACCCUAAUAAACCCAGGCUACAGUAUCAGAUCACUGAAUAA